ACUUAGAAACCUGCGGGUGCUAGUUAGUUAGUUCCUCGUACAUCCAAAGCGUACGGCAGCUCCUCCACACACAGGCAGGCACACAUCCAAGGUGUUUCUCGCGCACGACCAUGGCAACAGGGAUCCUCUCCACCGUGCUGCUCGUCGCCGGCGUCGCGCUGAUGGUGCUCGUCCACGUGCUCGUGGUCGUGUGGGUGCUGAGGCGGGGCUUCUCCGAGAGCCGCCGCCUCUCCCGCGUCGUCGGGGAGCACGCGGAUCAGGAGGCAGGAGACGCGGGCCUUACGGAGGAAGAGGUCGGCGAGCUUCCUUGCCACGAUUUCAAGGCGGAACUGGCCGGAGAAGAAGGCGGCGAUUGCGCGGUGUGCCUGGAGGCGUUGAGGGACGGGGAGCGGUGCGUGGUGCUGCCGCGGUGCGGGCACGGGUUCCACGCCGAGUGCGUGGGCUCGUGGCUGCGCAAGAGCCGCCUGUGCCCCGUCUGCCGCGACGAGGUGAUCGUCGCGGGCCCGCGGAAGGAGGCCGGCGCCGAUGGUGCCGAGGUCGCCGUGGAGCUCGUCUGAUCUCUGCUAGUUCUUUUUUUUUCUUUUUUU